AUGGCCAGUUCUAGCAAGCUAGCGGCCGCCAAAGCUAAUUUGUUGGGAAAGCGAAAACCGGAAGAUGGUUUAAAGACCAAACCGUUUCUGAAGAAACAUAAGGGAAAUCCCGAUGAGAUCAAAGGAACGGUCGAGAUGUCGGAGACAAAGUCUGAUCAGGCUAAUUUAAUCUCAGUGAAGGUAUGA